UGGUUCAGAUUCAUCGUCAAUUCUAGCUCCUUUCUUUGUACAAGUAUUCUCUUAGUUAGGCCGUUAUUCAGGCUCUGCUACUUAUGGUGCUAGUAUAAUUUAUGAUGUAGCCCGCCUGUAGCGUCAUUUUUUCUUUCUAACAAUCUAGAGACAGACAAGGUGCUAGCUAGCUACUUUAAUAAAUCUCCAUGCUUAUGAAGAACACACAAGUUUUGGAGGGAUACAGAAAAUGCUCAAAGUUCAUCAGUAUAUUCUUUGUAAUGAGUGUCGCCGGUGUCAUCUCCAUCUUCACAUGCAUUAUUCUGAUAUAUCAUAAGUUUGACUUCAGCUCGUCGCUUGUUUUCUGAACCUUGAUAUAUAUUAACUAAUUGCUACAGCUGAAUUUGUUCGAUGGAGGACCUACCGGAGGCUCUGGUGACAGAGAUUCUCAAGAGGAUCACCAGCACAAGUGAUCUGAAUUCUCUUUCCCUUGUGUCAAAGCAGCUCUACAAGAUAGAGGGGAAUCAGAGAGGUUCUAUCUAUGUUGGUUCUGGUCUUUGCACUGCUACGAAAGCACUGACAUCAUUGUGCGCCCGGUUCCCAAAUUUGCGAAAAGUGGAAAUUGAUUACUCUGGUUUUAUACCUGGACAUGGAAAGCAGUUGGACAACAAAGGCCUUUUUGUGUUUUCAUCUCACUGUUCCUCGCUGACUGACCUCACCUUAAGCUUCUGCUCAUGCAUCGAUGAUUCUGGGCCUCGUUGUUUAGCUUAUUGCAAGACAUUGGUGUCUCUCAGGCUGAACUCUGCACCAAAAAUAACGUCAAUUGGGCUUUUCUCGGUCGCAGUUGGUUGCACAAGUCUAUCUGCCCUUCACCUUAUUGAUUGCGAGAAAAUUAACAGUGUAGAGUGGCUGGAAUACCUUGGUAGGGAUGGAUCAUUGAAAGAGCUUGUAGUGAAGAAUUGCAAAGGAAUCAAUCAUCGUGACUUCCUAAAGUUUGGUUCAGGAUGGAUGAAGCUCCAGAAGUUUGAGUUUGAGAGGAAAAGAGGAAUAGAUGAUCGUCUUCUAGGUGAUAUGGUCUAUGACUCCUCGUACAAUGCUCAUAGCACGGAUAUAUAUGAUUUCUGUUGUGAGAGUUUGAAGGAUUUGAGAUUAGCGCAUAUUAAAACUUGGCCAGAAGUAGGACUUCGUGUUGUUCUAGGGAAGUGUAAAGCAUUGGAGAAGCUUUGCCUUGAGUAUGUUCAUGCCCUAAAUGACAAUGACAUGAUUGCAUUAUCUCGAAGCUGCAACAACCUUAAAAGCAUCUUACUUUGUCUUAACCUGCAGUGCUACUCUAGUGAUGUCAGCUACUGUGAAACCAGGACGUCAUUUACUGAUAACAGCCUUUAUGCUAUAGCCCUCAACUGUCCUACGCUUCAGAUCGUAGACCUCAGAUUUACACGAUGUUCCCGUGACUGGCCGUUAGAAAUAGGAUUCACACAGAAGGGUUUUCUGACACUCAUUCAGUCCUGUCCAAUUCGUGUUCUCGUGCUAAACAACGCCAACUUCUUUGAUGACGAGGGGAUGAAGGCCGUCUCAUCCUCACCACAUCUGGAGACACUCGAGCUUAUAUUGUGUCAUGCGGUAACUGAUGCUGGGAUGCGCUUCAUUGCGCACACCCCAUGCUUGAGUAAUCUCAUACUUCGGGCGUGUCAUAACAUUACUGGUGUUGGAAUUGCUGAACUAGGACGUGCACAUAAUUUAGAGUCUUUCGUCAUUGAGGAUUGUGGUGAGAUCUCUCUGCAAGCUACGCAAGGUGUAAUCAAGUCAGUUCACUACUCCAGCAAGUUUUCAGAUGCCCUGAAGAAGAAACUUGGAUUUUUGGGCAAGUGUUGA